AUGCGCCUGCUCUGGGCUCUGACAUCCUUGAUCUGGCUGUUCGUGUCUGGGUCUCUGGCGACUGACAAUGGCCUCACUGAUGUGGUGUCUUGGGACAAAUACAGUGUCGUGAUUAACGACAACCGGACUUACAUCCUAUCGGCCGAGUUUCACUAUCAACGGCUACCAUGCCCUGAGUUGUGGCCCGAUGUCCUGCAAAAAUUCAAGGCUAAUGGCUUCAACACAUUGAGCAUCUACUUCUUCUGGUCCUACCACUCCGCCUCUGAAGGCGUAUACGACUUUGAGACUGGAGGGAAAAAUAUUCAGCGGCUGCUCGACUAUUGCAAGGAAGCCGGACUCUAUGUCAUCGCAAGAGCGGGCCCGUACUGCAACGCCGAGACCAACGGUGGUGGCCUGGCCCUCUGGGGGUCUAAUGGCCGCUUCGGCAAGUUGAGAACCUCGGAUGAACGGUACCACACUGGGUGGCUUCCUUUCAUCACCCAGGUUGGCAAGAUUAUCGCUGCGAACCAGAUUACCAACGGCGGCCCCGUGAUCCUCAACCAGGUCGAAAAUGAGUACCAGGAGACGGUCUACCAGGCGGACCAUACCUCUGUCGUCUACAUGGAGCAGCUGAAGAAGGCCUUCCGCGACGCCGGCAUCGUUGUCCCUCUCACCCACAACGAGAAGGGCAUGCGCUCGAUCUCGUGGUCGACGGACUACAACAACGUUGGAGGCGCCGUCAACAUGUACGGUCUCGACAGCUACCCUGGUGGCCUUUCCUGCACGAAUCCCAAGGUCGGGUUCAAUGUGAACCGGGCGUACUAUCAGUGGUUCCAGAAUGCCGCAUUCACGCAGCCGGGAUAUCUGGCCGAGUUUGAGGGCGGGUGGUUUUCGAACUGGGGCAGCCCGACUUUCUACGAUGAGUGUACGUCCGAGCAUGAUCCUGCUUUCGCGGACGUCUACUACAAGAACAACAUCGGCCAGCGAGUCACCCUGCUUAGCAUCUACAUGAGCUACGGAGGAACGAAUUGGGGUCACUGUGAGUACGAUAUCCCUCGCUCUUCUGUUAUGUCUCUAACCCAAGCAGCCGCCGCUCCUCAGCGCCCCCUCCGAGAGACCCGCGAGCAAUCGACGAAGCUCUUCCAGACAAAGCUCAUCGGUCUGUUUACCAGAGUCUCGUCCGAUCUUCUCAAAACAGACAUGGUUGGAAACGGAACCGGCUAUAGUCUCUCCUCGACUUCGGCCUUCAGCUGGGUCCUUCGAAACCCAGACACCCAGGCCGGCUUCACCAUUGUGCAGCAGAACAGCACCAACUCCAUGAGCCCCAUUCAAUUUGAUGUCAGACUAGAAACUACCGCCGGCUCUGUCACUGUCACGAACGUUGUGCUUAACGGACGCCAGAGCAAGAUCCUUGUCACGGACUACGUCUUCGGCAAGCACACCCUGCUGUACGCCUCUGCCGACAUCGCCACCUACGGCAUCUUUGACAGAGAAGUACUCGUCUUUUACCUCGAGGAAGGUCAAACGGGGGAAUUCGCCUUCAAAGACGAGACGGCCCUCACUUUCGAGGUUUUUGGCAACACCGACUUUAAGGAGAUGACGAACGGUGACCACGCUGCAUUUACCUGGAAGCAGGCUGCCGGCUCAACAGUGGUUAAGUUUUCCAACGGCGUUUUGGUGUACCUCCUGGAGCAGAAGACGGCAUGGCGCUUCUGGGCCCCGUCGACGACGUCCAACCCGGCCGUCAAGCCCAGCGAGCAGCUUUUCGUCCUCGGCCCGUACUUGGUCAGGAGCGCCAGCAUAUCCCAUGGCGUCCUUCAUAUCUCUGGCGACAGUGACAAGGCGACCACCCUGGAGGCUUACGUCGGCGAUAAGCCCAUCGAGACUAUCGAUUGGAACGGCAAGCGCCUGGCUGCCACUAAGACCCCGUACGGCUCUUUCACCGUGCAAAUCCCUGGCGCCGAGGAUCGCACCGUGAUCCUACCCGAGCUGAAGAACUGGCGCGCCGCCGAGGCCCUCCCCGAAGUGGCGCCCGACUACGACGACUCUCGCUGGGCGGUCUGCAAUAAGACAACCACGCCAAGCCCGUACGCCCCCGUCACUCUGCCGGUGCUUUACAGUUCCGACUAUGGCUUCUACUCUGGCGCCAAGAUCUACCGCGGCUACUUUGACGGCACCAACGCCACGUCCGUCAACAUCACUGCCUCGGGCGGUCUGGCGUUUGGCUGGUCGGCGUGGAUCAAUGGGCAGUUUCUUGGUGGCGACGUCGGAUCCGCGUCGGCGACCACCACCAAUAAGACUCUCAUUCUCCCGCGGGGGGCGCUCCGCAAGUCAGACAACGUCGUGACGGUCGUUGUCGACUACCACGGGCACGACCAGGCGAGCACCGCGCAAGGCAUCAACAAUCCGCGCGGUAUCCUCGGCGCCCAGCUGCAACCCGGCAGCACACGCACCGACACGGGCUUCAAACUGUGGAAGCUUACGGGCGCUGCCGGCGGCGAGGCAAACAUCGAUCCCGUUCGCGGGCCGAUGAACGAGGGCGGUUUCUACCCGGAGCGCCUGGGCUGGCAUCUCCCUGGCUUCGUGCCCACUGGUAGCUCUUGGGAGUCGGAAACCCCCUUGGACGGUCUCUCUCGCGCGGGCAUCCGUUUCUACGUAACCGACUUCACGCUCAACAUCGACUCAGACCUCGACGCACCCCUCGGCCUCGAGUUUUCCGCACCCGCAGGCACCACCGCGCGUGUCAUGUUCUGGAUCAACGGGUAUCAGUACGGCAAGUUUGUCCCGCACAUCGGCCCGCAGACGCGGUUCCCCGUUCCGCCGGGCGUGCUCAACAACCGCGGACGCAACACCCUAGCCGUCAGCCUGUGGGCGCAGACCGACGCCGGCGCCAAGCUUGACGGGCUGAAGCUGGUACAAUAUGGCCAGUACCAGACGGAUUUUAAGUUCAACCGCGACUGGAGCUACCUUCAGCCCGGGUGGAAAGAUCGACAAGAGUAUGCUUAA